AUGUUCGAGUUACAUAUUAAAACUAGAGGUUGGAUCGCUUUGGGCAUUAGUCCAGCCGGUGGUAUGACAGGUGCAGAUAUCGGCAUGGGUUGGAUCGGUGAAGCGGGUAACGUUCAUUUUCAAGAUCGAUAUGCUUUUAAUUUUUCAAAACCUAUUCUUGAUACUACAACAAUGGAUUGGCAUGGUCUUCAAGGUCGUGAACAAAAUGGAUGGACAGCAAUUCAAUUUAAACGUUUGUUAGACACUUGUGAUUCAAUGGAUGUGCCAAUUAAAUCGGGAACGAAUAUUCUUAUAUUUGCUUAUGGUUUAAUGGAUCCAAAUAUAGGUCAACUAGAUGACGAUAUUUCAUAUCACGAAAAUCGGCGAGGCUCACGUAUUAUUCCACUACAGUCUUAUAGUGAUCCACCUCCAGAAAGCAAGUUUGCUGAAUUUGAUUCAUUCGACUUCUUAAUGAAUAAUUAUUUAGUUCCACCAACUGAUACAACAUAUUAUUGCAAAGUAUUCAAAUUACCAAGCCAUUUUCCCAUGAAACGUCAUGCUAUUGCACACAAAAUAAUUAUUGAUUCUACAAAUCGUGAUCUUGUUCAUCAUAUGGAUACGUAUGAGUGUCAUCCUGAAACAACUAAUUUUGAUGAUACCAAUUUGCCCGAGGGUGAAUGUGAUCAAAUAGUCAAACAGAUAAAAACAUGUGUAUCAAAUAUGAUGACGAUGUGGUCUGUUGGUGCAGAUCAUGUUUCAGAAUAUGUUCCUGAAGCUGGCUAUCCUAUUGGUGGUGAUCUUCCCGUAAAAUAUUUUAUGGUUCAAGUGCAUUAUGACAAUGCACGAUUAUUAUCAAACCGUCGUGACAGUUCGGGCAUAAAAUUUUAUGUUGAUAGCAAACUUCGUCAGUAUGAUCUUGGCUAUGUUAUAUUCGGUCUGUCAUCAAGUGCGUAUGGGAUUGCUAUUCCACCACAUGUCGAUCGUUUUAUAAUCGAUUCUUAUUGCCCAACCAACUUCAGUAAAAAAUUAUUAAUGGAUCUAAAAUGGACACCUCAAUUAGCUGAACAAUGGCAGCAAUUCUAUAAUAAUGCUUCGCGUCGUGUUAUCUUUGGUGGUGGAAACAUUGUUAACCAGCAAUUAUUGAGUGCUAUACCUCCAUAUAACGAUUUGGUUUCUGAAUCAUGUAAUCGACGUAAAGCUUGGAUGAAAUAUUAA